AUGGCAGAAUACGAAGGACAGAUACUAAGGUUCACUACGCCGCUGUGGGACCCUCCAUCGUUGCCCUUAGAGAAUUCAGAACCACUCGAGCCUUACUUUGACGUUGACCGUAGCCUUUGGGCCGAUCAUGAUCCAAACGAUCCUAACCCACCGCCUAUUCGUCUGUAUGGCCCCCAAGCGAAUCCGGUUAACUUGGAUUUCGACUUGGACGAUUUCCUAGAUUUUACCGGUAUGGGGGACCAAGAUAUGUUUGAUGUUCCGCCAGGGUUGGAAUACGAAUAUGGGUAUGGUCAUGGCCCUCAUGGGUAUGGAUACGGGUUCGGUGAGGGUAGUGGUGGUAGUGGUAGUGGUAGUGGUAGUGGUAGUGGCGGCGGCGGGUCCGGUAGUGCUAAACGAGACCUUGGUCGACGCAAUAAAGCUUAUAUAGAGUCAACGAAGGAGAUCUCGAGACGGAGAAGCCAAGGAUGA